AUGGAGGUCCGCCUCCCAUUCGCCGUACCGCCAUGGUGGGAACCCCCACAAGUGGACAGCGCAGCCAGCAAGGAAGAAGCAGCAUUCGUCCACUGGAUGAACAACACCAUCCACCCAGACACCCCCCGUAUCUAUACAGACGGAUCAGGCCACCACGGGGAGAUUGGCGCAUCCGCGUACUUUAAACCACUGGGAAACAGUCCCGCGAUUGAGCGAUCGGCGUACUUCGGAAGCGAAAGACACCACAAUGUGCACGCAGCGGAGAUCGGGGGCCUGAUACUCGCACUACGGAUGACCCUCGACAACCCCCAACUCCAACGGGAUGUCAAUGUCUACUCAGACAACCAAAGCGCCCUGCAGGUGAUUCGGAACCCGCGCCAGAACAGCGCCCAAUACCUGAUCAAAGAAGUCGUCCGACUCCUGGAUUACCGCCGCCAGCAAGGCUGGACCACCCGCUUCUUCUGGAUCCCAGCCCACUGGCACGAGGAAAUCACGGGCAACACCCACGCCGACGCCCUCGCCAAGAAAGCCACCGGCUGGCGCGAGGAGGAACGGGACACCCUCGGUCCCCGGGCAGAGCACCUAGCCGGCCUACCCCCCAGGACGUUACAGUCGGCAGUCAACUGCUGGGUCCGCCGAAAAGUGAAACAGGCGUGGGAGGACAGCUGGGCCAAUCCCACAGCCAACGCACCGGGAAGAGACCUCAGGAGGGUCAUGCCACACCUCGAGAAGCACGGCCUAGACCUCUUCGCGAGGCUCACGGCCCCGGAGCGCUCGGCGCUGAUCCAGGCGCGCACCGGCCAUAUCGGGAUCAAUGCAGUCCUCUUCAGAUGGGGGAAAGUGGACUCCCCCGACUGCCCACACUGCGAAGGAGAAGACGAGACGCUAAAUCACGUCCUCUUCCUAUGCAUGAGUUACGCAGGUUUACGAACCGAGAUCUGGGGUGCACAACGGGCACCGAGGACACUGCGCCAGGCACUGGGGCCAGAGAGUGCCAAGGAGACAGCACGCUUCCUGCUGGCUACAGGGCGUCUGCAGUACCUCCUACCCCCAACACCAAUACCGGACGACGACGAGACCGACACCGAUCAUUGA